GGGGCUCUGAUAAGCCAACUCUACGACAGGUCUGCUAAAGUCUCCACGUCCACCGAGCCCUUGCCGGACUGCCAAUCCCGGCAUCCUCAUCAGAGCUCCACGCACCCGGCGGCGCAGACAGUUCACCACGGAGCGCCGCUACUAGUCCUGCUUGAGCAAGCCAGACGUCCCAUAGCAACUCGUGUCGAGGCAGUGACACCAUGGCCCGUCUGCUGGCCAUGCUGGCCGUAGGGCUGGUGGGCCUGGCGGCCGCCGCCCCGCGGCUGGCUGGAACCCCGGCCGCGAGCGUCCUCCAGGACGAGGAGCGCCCUCUGGGGCUGCCCGCCGGCCUCCGCAGCGACCUGCCCCCGCUCUACAAGCGGCGCGUCUCCAAGCCCGCCGCCGGCCUCACGACGCGGGUGACGGCCGACCCGGACCCGUAUCGCCUGCCCAGGAACAUCGUGCCGCUCCACUACAACCUGUUCCUGGUGGUCGACUUCAAGCUCACCAAGUUCGAGGGCCAGGUGGACAUCCGCGUCAAGGUGCUCGAGGACACGGACACCAUCGUCCUGCACGCGGCCAGCAACCUGGGCGGUCUCGACAAGUUCUCCAUCGGCGUGAGGCCGUACAAGGACGCGGACACCACCAAGUACACCGUCACGGAUGUGACGCCCAACGCCAUGUACCAGACCCUCACCAUCAGCCUGGACAAAACGCUGAAGGCAGGCCAGCAAUACCUCAUCAGCUUUUCAAAGUUCAACUCGAUGCUCACCUCUGAAGGGUCACUCUAUGGCUUCUACGUCUCCACCUACGAGGAGAAGGGUGAGACCAAGCGGCUGGCGACGACGCAGUUCGAGUCGACGCACGCCCGCGAGGCCUUCCCCUGCUUCGACGAGCCGAGCUUCAAGGCGCGCUUUAAGAUCGUGAUCGGCCACGACAGCAAGCUCAAGGCGCGCUCCAACAUGCCCGGGGUCACCCAGAGCACUGAGGACCCCGCGGACAACCCGACCGACGAUGACCCGAAUUCAACCCCGACCCCGACCUCGACCCCGGACCCGAAUUCAACCCCGACUCCGACCCCAAGCCCGACCCCGACCCCGGUGGCGGCCGUGACGACCUUCGACGUGACGGUGCCGAUGCCGACUUACCUGCUGGCCUGGGUCGUGUCGGACUUCGAGAAGCUGUCCAACGCGGACGAGACCUUCAACACCUGGGCGAGGAGGGACAUCGUGGCCGGCGGGGAGCUGAGCCAGCGCACGGGGCAGAAGGCGCUGGAGCUGCUGGGCGAGUACACGGGCAUCCCCUACGCGCUGCCCAAGACGGACCAGUUCGCCAUCCCAGACUUCGCCGCGGGCGCCAUGGAGAAUUGGGGGCUCGUCACCUACAGGGAGGCUUACCUCAUCAGCAUGCCCUGGCUGCUCGACGUGCGCUACGAGCAGCAGAUCCAGGCCGUCAUCUGUCACGAGCUCGGCCACCAGUGGACCGGCAACCUGGUGACCAUGGACUGGUGGUCCAACACGUGGCUGAACGAGGGCUUCGCGACCUUCUUCGAGAACUUCAUCUGCGACAAGAUCAACCCGGACCUCAAGCUGCUGGACAAGAUGCUGCCCGAAUACACGCACGAGGCCAUGGCCAGCGAUCUGAUGGCGGGCCAGCACGCCAUGAGCAGCGCCGUGUCGACCUACACCGAGAUCGAGUCCAAGUUCGACGACAUCUCCUACGCCAAGGGCGGCUCCGUGCUGCGCAUGUUCCAGCUGAUCCUCUCCCCGGAGGUGUUCCGGCAGGGCCUCAAGAACUACCUGACCGCCAACUCGUUCCAGAACGGCGACCCCGACAAGCUGUUCCGCGGGAUGGCCGCCGCCGUCGCCAACGACGCCACCAACACGGAGCCCAAGGUCAACCUCCCGGCGGGCUACACCUUCGAGGCGGUCGCCAAGUCGUGGACGGAGCAGGCCGGCGUGCCGCUGGUCCGCGUGGUGCGGGACUACGCCAACAAGAAGGUGACCCUGACGCAGGAGCAGCUGCUGCCGGACAACAAGCGCGGCGACACCAAGUGGUUCAUCCCCGUCACUGUGGCGACCCCCGCGUCCACGCCGGCGACCGUGGACGACGCGAAGGUCGUGGCCUGGCUCACCCCGAGCAACCCCAGCGUGACCAUCGACGUGGACGCCUCGCAGGACGACUGGGUCGUCGUCAACCCCGGCCACGCUUCGUACUACCGCGUGCUCUACGAGGAGGGCAACCAGGAGCAGCUCAUUACCGCCAUCGUCAACGGCAAGGCCGCCAUCCCGGCCCCGGUGCGCAGCCAGCUCAUCAACGACGUCCUCACCAUGGCCAAAACCGGCCGCCUGACCUGGGACCACCCGCUCAAAGUGCUCGACGUCCUGGCCAAGGAGACGGAGGCCUCGGUGUGGAUCACGGGCAAGAACUCCAUCAAGGUCCUGCAGGACUACCUCGCAAACACGGACGUGCACCCGUCCUUCCUGAUUCUGCUGAACAAGCUCACAACGGAGGCGUUCAGCAAGCUGGGUCUCGCGGUCAAGGACACCGACAGCUUCGACGCCCGCCACGCCCGCUUCUACAUGGCGCCCUACGCCUGCCAGAGCGGCAACCCCGCCUGCCUCAAGGAGGCCAACGACAUGCUGGUCAAGUGGCUCGCCGACCGAGAGAACGUCAAGCUCCACCCGGACACGGCCGCACCAGUGCGCUGCUACGGCCUCCGGGCCGGCGACGCCGCCCUCUUCCAGCAGGUCAAGGAGCUCUGGGCCGCGGCCCCGGACAAGGAGCUCAAGGCGGCCUACGCCAACAUGCUACUCUGCUCCGCCGACAAGAGCCGCGUGAGAGGCCUCAUCGGUGACGUCCUCAAGGACAAGGUCGCGAACAUCACCGACUUCUUCAACGACCUCUCCGAACGGGUCGAGCACCACCGGCUGAUGCUGGAGUACAUCCAGAGCAACUGGAAGGAGAUGGACGCACAGUUCGGCGACUCGGGCUCCAUCAGACCCGACUCUCCCGACCCUACCAAGCUCGGCGGCAUCCUCAUCGACUGGAUCGACAAGAUUCGAACCGACGCGGAAUUCAACGAGGUCAAGGAUUGGGUAUCGAAAACGUUCGCUAACAGAGCCGACAUGAAGCAUCUCAACAAAGCCCUGCAGGAGGCCGACGCGAAGCUCGACUGGUACCGCAAGCACUACUCCGCGGCGUCCAGCUACAUCUACACGGCCACCAACACCAAGCCGCCGACCACCACAGUGCCGCCGUCGCCGACGGGUCCCACACUGCCUCCCACGCCGCCCGGUCCGCCGACCGGCAACCCACCGACGAGCGGGCCCAACCCGGGCCCCGGGCCCAACCCCCCGGCGACCACCGUCAAGCCCUCGGGCGCGGCCGCCGCGGCCACGUCGGCGACGCUUAUAGCGUGCGCCGCGAUCCUGGCCGCCGCCCUGGCCCGCCCGUGAGUGAGCCGAGGCCGCGACGUCACCGGCGAGAGACGGUAUUGGAGAUAUUAAAACUUGCGACUGCCUGC